AUGGCGAUACCAGACAUAAGCAGCGGACCGAGCGCAGACCGUGAAGAUCCCCCACAAAACAACCCACGGCUUACGCUCCAGAGGAGACGUACCUGCUCGGUGUACGCCACAAGUCUCGAUGUCAGGGUUAUCAUAGGGGUGAUCACCAUACACCCUCCUACCCAGCCACUCUACUGGGCAAAAGGAAAGCGCCAGACCCUGCAGCUCCAUCACCCCAGAGGGACUCGUGCUAGCACACCCACCUUCCGCGUGCUGUCCUGCGUGCUCAGGUCAAUUCUACCCGGGUUUCUCUCUGUCCUUGUUUUCUCCCCCCAGGCAAUGCAGAUGCAGAUGCGUAUGCGUAUGCACACCCGGGCGCAGAUGUGA